AUGUACAUCCUUCGCGUAUGCCGCGGUAUGCAGAACUGCUGGAGAAGCUCCAGAGCGUACGAACACUUCUGCAAGGGCGCCCCUUGGACGCUGGCUGAAAAAAUUCUGUAUACGCACCUGCUCAACCCAGCCGUCGACUUGGCAGGGGCAGGAGCAGAUCCUUCCAAGGUUCGUGGCGCACGAUACCUUCGACUCGGAGUGGAUCGCCUCGCUAUGCAGGACGCGUCGGCUCAGAUGGCCCUCCUCCAGUUCAUGACGUGCGGCAUGUCCCAGUCAGCCGUGCCUGCGAGUGUGCACUGCGACCACUUGAUUCAAGCGUAUGAGGGCGCACAGGCGGACUUGCAACGUUCGCUCGAGACUCAGCAUGAAGUGUUUGCGUUUUUGGAAUCGGCUUGCCGCAAGUAUGGGAUUGAGUUCUGGCGCCCCGGCAGUGGGAUUAUCCACCAGAUUGUUCUUGAAAAUUAUGCCGCCCCGGGUCUUUUGAUGCUCGGCACGGACUCCCACACGCCGAAUGCAUCUGGUUUGGGCUGCCUGGCGAUUGGAGUGGGUGGCGCUGACGCCGUCGAUGCACUGACCGCAACGCCCCUGGGAGUUGCUUGCGCCGAAAGCCUUGGGCGUGCAUCUGCAUGGAAAGCUGUCGCCGUGGUGCUCGGCCAAGGAUGUGAUUCUGCACCUGACGGGCGAGCUUACCGUGCGUGGCGGCACAGGCUACAUUGUUGA